AUGCCUAUUUCGGGCUUUAGGGACGAUGCAGAGGUGGCUCUGAGGAUUGACAUUGCUGCUCUCCUGUCUGAUGGUUUCGUGAUCCACGGUUCUUCCAACGAGGCCUAUCUCACGGAGCAGACCAUCCCGCCCUCGUAUAUCAUUGAGGCCAUCGAUCUCGGCUCGGGCCAACCGGUUGCCGCCAACGCUUUUGGACCGUCCGGAGGUCCCGGCCACGAGCCAGUGGAGGCCACUGCGGAGCAGGGCUGGCGGCGCACUGGCUCUGCGUGA